GGAGCGACGAGAGCUCUGAGCGCUGCUUUACUCUCCGCGUCCCCCCGUCACUAAGCCUGGCUUGAGGAGCAGCAGAGCACUCUGUAAGUGACACCAGCCUAAUUAAUUAAUGACUCCCCCAGCGUCAGCUCUGUGGCUGCUGGAUUAGAAAGGAAGGCAGUAAAGAAGGGCCAGGACAGCACGCGACUGCUUCUUGGUAAAUGCUGAAGGCUGCUGAGAGCUGGCUGGGUUAUUCAGAACCUCCCCUGCUUUGGGCUACGACGACGCAGAAGUCGAAGAUCAACUGGGGAGAGAAGAUGGCGUGGGAUCCACCCUUGCAGCAUCCUCUCUCCUGGGUGAGGUCCUCCUCCCUCUUCUUGUCCUGCUCAAGAGCUGCCGUGGCACAGUUAAUCGAGGCCACCACAGAACCCCCGAAAAAGAAACCGGACCCUGUCACUUCAGAGACGGUGGUGAUCUGGGGGCUGCGCCUCUGGCAGGUGAUUGGUAUCUUUGCCAUCUUUGUCCUGGCAGUCAUUAUCACACUGUGCUGUAUUUUCAAGUGUCGGAUUCCCCGGACAAAGAAAGAGAUCGAGGCACGGUAUGCCCAACGGCAAGCAGCCAAGAACUAUGCAGACAAACUGGAGACGGUGCCACCACUCAACGAGCUGACAGAGAUCCCUGGAGCUCAGGUGGCAGAAGAAAAAAAAGAAGAGGUGCCCACUGUAUCUGGAAAAGUGGACAAGGCUCAGGCUAAGAAAGAUGGAUCCAAAGGCUCCAAGAAGAAGGACAGUGAAAAGGACCAGAAAGAAGACUCCAAGAAAGAAGGGAAGGAUGGGGCCAAAAAGAAAGAAGGAGGAAAGGGAGAAAAGGGAGAAAAAGGAGAAAAGGGAGAAAAGGGGGGAAAAGACUCUACUGACAAGAAACAAGGUGGUGGGAAGAAAGGUGAAAAAGAAGGUGAAGCAGUAAAAUCAGGAGGAAGCACCAAAGCUAAUGGCAAGGCUGGUGGGAAUGCCAAAGCCCCAGCAAAGAAGAAGUGACCUUGCUAAAAGAAAGUGCUGGCAGUUUUUCGAGGAGGGCACUGUCAAACUGUUGUGGGUAGAAUGCUGGGGGCAGAUGGGACAUGCUGUCCUCACCUACUCAGGCUGUUGAGUGCCACUGGAUGUAUGGAUUUAUUACCUUUUGAAGACCAAGUCACUGUAUUUUUGUCCACCAAAGGAAAACCUGGCCAUUUGGCUAAACAUAUAUAAAUAAAAUGCACCAUGCAGGGCUAUAUGGUGACAGCUACCAGAACUGAACUGCAACCUGGAGUGAGAACCAGGACUUUGGAUAAGCAUGAAAAUGCAGAGAUAUGAAGAUCUAAACUAAUGAGAGGACGUGAUUCAUUUAAAAUUUAUUCUUCUUGAGGACCUUAAGGAGUAUGAUAAAUAUUAACUAGCCCUCAUCUCCUCCCAAUUAGGAUUUGCACAUGGGUAAUUUUUGGGAUUAAGUAAAUUCUGGAUGCUGAAACCCAAAGAAUGGAGUUUUCUAUGUCAAAGCUCAUGUAUCUUCUGAAAGGUGGCUUGAACACAUGGGAGCAAGCUUUCUUUCCUUUUCAGAUGCCUCUUUCUCUGGACUGCUGAAGGAAAUAUAAAGAACUGCAUAUAUCCCAGAAGGUUUAUUCACCUUUUCCUCUUCUUCUGCUGAGAGACACGUAAAUCAAGCUGGAGGAGGAUGUGCACAGAAUAAAGAACAGGUGGAUUGCAUCUGUGCUACUGUAGGCAGUAACUGUCCUCAGUUCACCAUCCCUACAGGAAAGGCAGGAUGACAAGAGCCCACUGGGACGAAGGAGAUGUGAAGAUGCUCAGCAUGUUGUCGCAGAAAAUCAGGGUCUCAGUGGUGGAGAACUUAAUGACUUCACAUCUUCACUCUCUCAGCAGUUUUGAAAUCAGGGAUUUUGCUACACUUUUAUGUGGCUGCUGUUUCUCUCACCUCCUGGAAAUUUUAAAUAAGUGUAACAGGAUAAAUAAGAGUAGUUUUAUCAGGAGAA